AUGUCGGCGGAGAAGGCAUCACCUUUUGAUCAGUAUGAUCCGGCAGGAUUACCAGACUUUGACCAUGAUUUUAUGGAUCCCGACGAGCUUGACCGCUUCGAGAGGGCCUUGAAUGCCCCGGAAGCUUCCCCACUGGUAGCCAUCAACGACUGGCGCCCGAUUAACCAACGAGUACGAAAGACACGCGGUCGGCGGAAAACCCCGAAGCGAAGCAAGGACGAAACCAGAGAAGGAGUCCUAUACACGGUACUCAAGUGGCCAUUUCUGUUUACCGUGUUCGCAUGGAUCGCCUUCUUGAGCUGCGGUUACGUACUGGUGCGGGUGUACAUCUUCCUAUACGAACAAUGGGUCACAUGGCGGGGCAAGAGAGAGCGGCUCCGCCGAGAGCUGUCUUCGAAGACAAACUAUCCUGACUGGCGAAAAGCGGCCCAGGCGUUGGAUGCCCAUCUUGGGAAUGAGGAGUGGAAGCAAGCGGACGCUUACGCUUACUAUGACUCUGAGACUAUCACCAGGGUUGUAUCGGAGCUGAAGAAAGAGAGAAAAAGGGCUGAGGCUGAGCUGCAGCACGAGCGCCCGGGCGCCGCAGAGCCUCCAGCUGUCGAAGAUCUUCGCUCCUUGCUGGAGGCCUGUGUCAAGAACAACUUCGCCGGAGUGGAGAACCCUCGCAUCUAUAGUCAGACCUACUCAGGAACCAAGGACCUAGUUCAGGAAUACAUCGAUGAGGUACAUGCCUGUAUCCAAUUAGUGUUGGAUAGCAAGCAGAUCGACCGAGACACCAAGAAACAACAUUUCAAACAACUUGAUACCAACUUUGGACGCACGGCGCUUUGUCUGUCGGGUGGCGCUACAUUUGCUUACUAUCAUUUUGGGGUGGUCAGAGCAUUGCUGGACAACGAUAUCUUACCGGAGAUUAUCACGGGGACGUCAGGUGGAGCACUAGUGGCAGGAUUGGUGGCCACUCGAACCGAUGAAGAGCUAAAGCAGCUGCUGGUACCCGCCCUAGCCCAUCGCAUCCGCGCUUGUCAUGAAGGGUGGACCACCUGGGUUCGUCGUUGGUGGAAAACGGGCGCUCGGUUCGAUACGCUAGACUGGGCCAAGCAAUGCAGCUGGUUCUGUAGAGGUUCCACUACAUUUCGAGAAGCAUAUGAACGAACAGGGCGCAUCUUGAAUGUGUCUUGCGUUCCCUCAGAUCCUCACUCCCCGUCUAUUCUGGCGAAUUAUCUCACUUGUCCGGAUUGCGUCAUUUGGAGCGCAGUGCUCGCUUCUGCGGCAGUUCCCGGUAUUCUGAACCCGGUUGUGCUGAUGUACAAGAAGCGCGAUGGUACUCUUGCGCCUUACUCCUUCGGGCAUAAAUGGAAGGACGGUAGUUUGAGGACCGAUAUACCAAUCAAGGCACUGAACUUGCAUUUCAACGUGAACUUUACCAUUGUCUCGCAGGUCAAUCCGCAUGUAAAUUUGUUCUUUUUCAGUUCCCGGGGAACUGUGGGUCGACCAGUCACCCAUCGCAAGGGUCGUGGCUGGCGCGGCGGCUUCCUUGGUACGGCGAUUGAGCAAUAUAUCAAACUAGACCUCAACAAGUGGCUGCGCGUGCUUCGGCACCUUGAGCUUCUGCCAAGACCUUUGGGCCAAGACUGGAGUGAGAUUUGGCUACAGAAAUUUAGUGGCACAGUCACGAUCUGGCCGAAGACUGUGGCAUCGGACUUCUACCACAUUCUCUCUGACCCGACGCCGGAGCGGCUUGCGCGCAUGAUCCACGUUGGUCAGCAAAGCGCUUUCCCAAAAAUUCAAUUUAUUAAAAACCGGCUGAACAUCGAAAACACUAUUAUGAGAGGCCUUCAGCAAUGCUCCGCCACUGGACGCUCUUUAUCCCCAAUUUUAUCUCGUCGGUUACCAUUUCCGGACAAUGAAGACCCCCUGGUCGAGCGAUUGGAUGACAACUUUCCCGAACGCCAUGACUACAAAGGCGAUUCGACAGACGAUACUAUGUCCCAAUCAACUUUCUCGCGCUCACAUUCCCCAACCUCAAAUCCUAGGAGGGGUAGCCUUAUGGAGGAAAUGCGCCGCCAGUCAGCCGUCUUCUUUGACGAUGACCUUUACGGCGAUGACUACGCUGCCGUCACCUGA